AUGGAUGUUGAGUUUCAGGAACACACUUCUUAUUUUUCUCAGGAUAUCUCCAAUUCUCCCUUUCAUAGAGAGCAUCCAUAUUGUGAAGGUGAGAAUUUGGCACAUUUGGAGUUUAGUGAUUAUUUGACAGAGUUACUAGUUGAUGAGAUUUUGGGCUUGAGCUUGAAUCAGAAUGUGGCAGAUUUACAGAUAGACAUUGAACCUCAACGGGAGUCAUCUUCUGCUUUAGAGGGCAAUGAGACUUUCAAGGUGUUCCAAUCUCUUCCCUCUAUUCCGGCUCCUGUGGUCUACAAAACCUAUUAG